AACCAAGUAUGCGAGGUGGUGGUGCUAGCAUUGUGUCUGCAGCCCUUGUUCUUGCUGCCUUUCUUGUCCUUCCGCAGCUCCUCUGCCAGCCGACAACUCCGCCGUCUGUCCGUCUCUUUGUCUCGGCUGUCGCGACCGCUACGGCACUUCCGCUCAUUUGGCGGCCAUCGCCUUCGCCUGGUGCCGUUUCACGUCUGAUUGCCACGACUUCUGGCGCUCUGCUCCCGAUCUUUGUCUCUCCGUUUGUUAUGCUUGUUCUGAUCACUCUCGGUGCGCCAUCGUCCAACGAUACUCUGGCUCUUGCUCUUGUUCUCGCUGUUCUUGUUGCAGGUUCGGGUGCCCGCGAUGAGCGCCUCAUCGCCGGUAUGGCCUGGGGCGCUGUGGUGGGUGCCUGGCUCUCCGCCGCCGCUCUUCCGCUCGACUGGGAUCGCCCGUGGCAGGCCUGGCCCAUUCCGCCGGCCGUUGGCAGCGUAUGUGGCUUUGUGGUCGGCUCGGCGCUGGCGCUGGUAUGGAACUAG